UAUUGCUUAUUACUAUAAUAAUAAAAUUAAUUCUUCAUGAAAUGAAAAUGCUUGGUUUUUAACUGUAUAACUAUUUAACUGUAUUUCCAAUAAUGUUUACUUAUAAUAAUACCUUUUAAUAUAUUUGAAAUAAAAUUAUUUUGUUUUAUUUAUGACAAUUUUUAUGAUACUAUAGUAUUAAAUUUAAAUUAAUAAUAUUUUUAGAACAUCAAUUGAAAGUAUAUGUAUAAUUAAUUAGGUACACGGAAUGUAUUAAAAUAAUUCUACAAUUAGAAAAUCAAAAUUUAAAAAUGGAAAAAAUGUCUUUAUUUGAGUCUUUUAAUAUGAAUACAAACAACAAACAAGUAAAUGAUGAUAAUUAUAACAAUAUGAUGGAUUUAUUGAAUGAAUUAUCAGAACUUGAUCCAAAAUGUUUGUCAGCAGAUGAUUAUAGUAAAUUAAUUGAAUAUUUGCCUUUAUCGCCUAAUACUCAUGGCCAUCAAGUUUUAGCUGCUGGAUGUAAUGUAAUUGCUUCAUUAUGCUCAGAUGACUCAGCGAGACAUUAUCUUGGAGAAAAAAUAACCGUGUCUACUGUGAAUAUAUUAAAAUCACUUACAAGUUGUAUUAAUAAAGACAAAUGUAUUCAAGAAUGUUUGCUUCAGACAUGUCGUGCAGUUGGGAAUCUUUGUUAUUAUCAUGAGGAAAAUACCAAGUGUGCAUUAAAAGAAGGAUGUCUUUUAAUUACGAUGGAAGUGUUGAAAACAAACAUUAAUGAAGAAAUUCAACCUGUUGUCAUUGGGUUAUUAUUAAAUUUAACUCAUUUGGAUGACUACAAUUAUAAGUUUCAGGAUAACAUGAUUGAAGAAUUAAAUUUUUAUGGAAUUCAAUACAUGGAAUAUAAUAAUAAUAACUAUAGAUUUUACAUAAACUUGGUAUCAUUAAUGAUCAAUAUUGUUAGAAAAUCAAAAAGUAACACCAAAAUAACAGAUUAUGAAAAAUGUUAUUUUAUUGAUCGUUUAUUGGAAAGAUAUAAUAUGCAAAUCAAUGUUACUUCCAUUUGUAUUAAAUUCAUUAAACAAGUCUCUAAAAUUUAUAAUGUUUAUAAUUGGAUAUUAAAAGAAAAACAUAAAACAUUAGUAGAAAUAUUAGAUAAAUAUGAAGAAAACCAAGAAGAGGAUCCAAAACGUAUUGUUAAAAAAAUAUGUGAUAUCAUAAUAUUACUUUCCAAUGAUGAUGGUUCCAUGGAAAAAAAUAAACAACUUGAUGUUUUAUAUUUAGUAGAAUGGCUACUUAAAAAACUACAUUCUAAUAAUUUAUACGUUAAGUUGUCGGCUGUAAGGUCUUUGGCCAAUUUUAGUAGAUAUAAAUAUGACUCAAAUCAUACAACUAUAAGUCCUGCAAAAACUAUAAUGAAGCAUAUAACAUGGUUUAUAAAUACUUUGGACCAAUCAAUCAAAGAUAACAAUUCAUUGAUGGAAGUAUCUGUACUUUGUUUGUUUAAAAAUCUUUUAUAUGUUACAAAUUUUGAGUCUAUGGAUGAGAACAAUACAGAUAAAUUGAUCAAAAUCACUAUAGAUGUUUUAAACCACACUACAUUUAAUCCAAUAGUAAUGAAAGGCAUGGACAUAAUAAGAUGUAUCAUCAAAAAAGGUGGCAUUAGUCAAAAACAACUUGUUUUGUACAAAAAUUCAACCUUUAUAAAAUUAGUGACAACACAUUGUAAUAGUGUUGAUGAAGACAUCCAAAUAUUGGCCAAAAAAUUACUUUAUUCAAUUAACGAGGAUAUAAAUGAAUCUGAAAUUGUUGAAUCAAAAACAGUGGAAGACAAUUUAACAAUUGAAGAAAAAAUUUGAACAUCACUUAUUAUAUAAUAAUUUUAUUUUUAUAAUUAUAAUUAUUAUUUUUUAACAAGACACCAAAUUAAAUAAAUUUGGUACUUGCCUUGUAUGUUACAAAAAGUAAUUACCAAACAUUAUUAUUCUACUUACUAAUUAACUUAAUUUAAUCUUUUUAUUUUGUUAUUAUACUUAUUGAUAAUCGUAUAUAAUAUAUUUGGCCUAAAUAAUGCAAAUCAAAUAAUUUUGUUUUCACCUAAAAUCUACUACACAAAAAUUUCUCAAAAAAAUAUCUGAUAAAAUAUUAGAAACGCAAAGAAUGAGGGGAGGGAGUCAAGUCCUAUUUAAAAAAAGAUGUUUAUACUCACAAAAAAAAAAAUUCCAAAAAUCAGGAUUUGAAUAUAUGCAUAAUUUAAGCAUAAAAGAGGGUGAGAUAUUUAAAAUACCACCUUUGUAUAUGUAAGGUGUAUUAAGAAAAUGUUAUGAUAAUUUUACAUUUGAAUGUGUUUUCACAAUACAGUUUGGGGUCCAGUCCAUUGAAUAUACAUGAGAUCUUAAUUGUCAAGUAUAAUUCACUGUUUUAAAAGAAAAAUAUUAUGAGACAAUUUAAAAUAAAAAGGAGUGUUGUAAUUGGCUGGUUACUUUUUCUCCCGUGAGAUGUUUGGUUAAGUUAUUGGUCUUAUCAUAAAAAUAUCCCGCACUAGCCUCAGCUAUUAAUUAUUGUUAGUUAAUAAAAAUUUUGUUAAAUAUAAAAUGGGAUAAUUUUAAAAAUAUUAUUUAUUACAAUAAUUAAUAAAUCAAAUUAUUUAUUAUAAAAAUUGAUAAAAAAAUUAAUAAUAUAUUUUGGAAGAUAACUUUUCGUCACAAGUUACAUAUUAUAAGACAGGUAUUUGACAAGUAGAUUUUUGAUAUAAAUUAAAAUAUAUUACAUUUAAUAAGACAUUUGCACACAGUAAUGUAAUAACAUUGAUAAUGGUAAUAGGCAAUUUAUAUUUUAUACUAUUUAGUAUUUAUUAUUAAAGAAUAUUUUGUAAAUUUGUACUUGUUACUUACGUGCUUUUCGGAUUGUAGUUUUUAUUUAUUAUUAUUAUUGGUUUUACAUUAAACAAAUGGUUUCUAUUGAUGCAUGUUUGAGGCUAGGCCAUCUAUGGUACUAUCUUUGAAAAGUAGGAACAACAUAUUAGUUGACUUUCUUAUAUUUAACAGACUAUAAAAAAUUUAAUAUAUUCAUUUUGUAUCUGUUGGUAACUUUUUAGUUAAGAACCUUAGCAGUAUUACUCAGACAACAGCAGUAGUCCACCUAAAAUUAUUUGUAAAUUGAACUGUUAGAAAAUGUUAUGAAGCAUUUUUAAACAUUUAACUCAAUUUUU